GUCGAUGCAAUGGAGUUCUUGGCUUUCUUCGCCGUACUCGUCUUAGCAACGGCGGUCGUUCCUGCCGUCAGCCAGCAAGGAUACCUGAGCAUCGACUGCGGCCUGGAGGCCAACAGCAGCUACCAGGACGACAACAGGAUCUUGUACGUGCCCGACGGUCCGUACGUCGACGGCGGGGAGAACCACAAGGUGGCGGCGGAGUACGCGUCCAGCUUCCAGCGCCCAGACCAGACGCUCCGGAGCUUCCCCUCCGGCGUACGGAACUGCUACACGCUCCCCACCGCCGCCGGGUCCAAGUACCUGGUCCGGCUGGUGUUCGUCUACGGCAACUACGACGGCAAGAACAUCUCCUCCUCCUCCUCGUCCGCGGCGGCGGCGGCGCUCAGGUUCGACCUGUACCUCGGGCUGAGCCGUUGGACCACCGUGCAGGGCGGCACCGGCAGCGGCGGCGAGGUGCACGAGGCGGUGUUCGUGGCGUGGGCGAGCUGGGCGCCCGUGUGCCUCGUCAACACCGGCAGCGGCACGCCGUUCGUGUCCACGGUGGAGCUGAGGCCGCUCGUGGAUUCGCUCUACCCGGCUGUCAUGGCCAACCAGUCCUUGGCCAUGCUUCGACGGCGUAAUAUGGCGGCAAACAAUUUCAUACGGUAUCCUGACGACCCAUAUGACCGGUACUGGUGGCCAAUGAAUGCUGACCCCGCAUGGGCCAACCUUUCAACCACGUCAACCAUUAAGACUGGAUCCACAUUUGCGGUGCCCUCGAGUGUUCUCCAAACGGCCGUUACACCAUCCGGAAACAGUACGGUGCUUAACGUCAUAAGCUGGCAAGACACAACGGCCAAAGAGUAUGUGGUGUACCUGCAUUUUGCCGACUUCCAGAGCAGCAAACUCCGGGAGUUUGAUGCUUACCCUGAUGCCAACCAGGUAGUGUACAAUUACACCCCACAUUACUUGUUAUCCAGUAGCGUGUACACACCCUUGUUCAGGGCCAUUGCUGGUGAGUAUAAUAUUACUCUUGCCGCCACUGCCAACUCUGCGUUGCCCCCUAUGCUCAAUGCUUUCGAGAUCUACUUCCUCAUCACCUACGACGGCACGACAACGUUCUCCAAAGACUUUGAUACAAUCAUGGCUAUUAAACUCGAGUAUGGGGUAAAGAAGAACUGGAUGGGUGAUCCAUGUUUUCCACCUGAAUUUGCUUGGGACGGCAUCAAAUGCAGGAACACCAGUGGUAACAUUAUGAGGAUAAUAUCGAUUGAUCUCUCCAACAGCAACCUUUUUGGGGUGAUAUCUAAUAACUUCACAUUGCUUACUGCACUCGAGAAAUUAAAUUUAUCAGGCAACCAACUGAAUGGGCCCAUUCCAGACUCUCUCUGUAAAAACAAUGCAGGACAAUUCGUUUUCAGUUAUGGAUCUGAUGGAAAUAUGUGCAACAAAACAAUAGGUUCGUCUCCAUCAAGAAACAGAACGGGUAUCUUAGCUAUUUCAGUAGUGGUGCCUGUGCUGGUAGUGGCUCUACUUGUUCUUGCAUAUAUGAUCUGGAGAGUGAAGAGAAAACCCAAUAUUCCUACGUAUGUUCCUCCUCAAGUACCAGAUAUCAAGACUUCGCCAGAAAGGAAAACAAAUCCUUUUGAUCCUCUGCAAAUAACUGAAAGUCGGCAAUUCACAUACGAGGAGCUAAAGAAGUUUACUAAUAACUUCCAACAGUUCAUUGGACGAGGAGGCUUUGGGAAUGUCUAUUACGGCUGUUUAGAAAACAAAACCGAGGUUGCUGUCAAAAUGCUCUCUGAAUUCUCGGAGAAUGGCCUUGAUCAGUUUUUAGCCGAGGUUCAGAGCUUGACAAAGGUGCAUCACAAAAAUCUAGUUUCUUUGGUUGGUUAUUGCUGGGAAAAGGAUCACUUAGCACUGGCUUAUGAGUACAUGGCUAGAGGCAAUCUUUGUGAUCAUCUAAGAGGUAAAUUUGGUGUUGGUGAUACCUUUAACUGGGUAACCCGUGUGCGAGUUGUGCUUGAUGCUGCACAAGGUCUGGAGUAUCUGCACAAAGGUUGCAACUUGCCAAUAAUUCACGGGGAUGUGAAGACCAAUAAUGUACUCUUGGGUGAAAAUCUAAAAGCUAAAAUCGCAGACUUUGGGCUUUCUAAAACUUAUAUUAGCGAGACACAGACUCACAUAUCAACCAGUAAUGCCGCUGGAACAAUGGGUUACAUCGACCCCGAGUACUAUCAUACUGGAAGGCUGACAGAGAGCAGUGAUGUUUAUAGCUUCGGUGUUGUUCUACUAGAGGUAGCCACCGGUGAACCUCCAAUACUACCUGGCAGUGGCCACAUCAUUCAGCGUGUGAAACAGAAAGUUGCAUCUGGUAAUAUCAGCUUGGUUGCCGAUGCACGACUCAAAGAUUUGUACGACAUUAGCUCCAUGUGGAAGGUGGUUGAUACUGCAAUGCUCUGCAUAUCAGAGGUUGCUACUCAAAGGCCAACAAUGUCCACCGUGGUUCUACAGCUGAAGGAGAGCUUGGCACUGGAGGAAGCCCGUGACAGCAGGGACAUCACGACAAGCUCAGUUAGUGAUGCCAUGGAUGUGUUGUCAAAAUUUGGUCCAUCGGCAAGAUGAGUAAAGAAACGGUACAGGUGCAUUUUUUUUAGAUAAUGGUACAACUGCAAGUAUACAACGGUUCAGCGUGUUUUGGUAAAGUGUUUGUCAUAUUAAGACACGGUAUUUAAAUGUUCAAGUGUCCUUUGCUAUGUACUUUUUUUUGUAUUUUUAUAAACAACAAUAUGUAUAUGAGCUUGCAUCCUCUUGUGGAAUAAUAAUGCUUACUUAUUUUGUAGCGUA